CUGGUAACUCUGUCCCUUCUAAUACGAGUAUGGUUGUUGUGCCGGUCCAACAGCUGUUGGUGGCUGUACCUCAAGAUGGCAGCUCAAACGUUGCACGCGCGUCAGGUGGCCAGUACCACGGACAGUAUCAAGGUGGCAACUAUCAAGGGAGCGGAUGGCUGCGGAAUCGUGUGUUCGCGCUAGAAGGACAGGUUGCUGAGAUGAAGACUCGGCAUGAUGCCGAGAUGGCGCGAGAAAGAGAAAAGAAGGAUCAAGAAGAGAAGAUGAAGAAAGAGAAGGAUGCAGAGGAGAAGCGACUCAAGGAUAAGAAGGAUAGGGAAGACUUCCAUAUGGCUAUUAGUGAGAGGAUGACGAGUAAGCUUGACUUGAUGUGUGAAAUAUUGCUGGGGAAGAAGGGGAAGGAGGCGGAUGAGAGUGUAUCAAAACUCCGGGAAGAGAUUGGGGAACUGAACAGACGUAUACAAGAGCGUGCUGGCCCCUCGAGUACGGCGCAAGCUACGAUGGAACUCGAGGCAAUGGGACACCUUCGGAAAGAACAGGAGGAGAGGUCGAUGUUGGAAAAAAGGCUCUCAGCGUUAGAGAAAGAGACUUCUGAACUUCGCAAGCUCAAGGAUGUGGCGCAAAAGCAAGCAGAGUUGUGGAAAGAAGAGGCACUACAACCUCGUAACAAACGCACCUGUCGUGGUAUGGCUGCAACUCCUAGCCCCUGCCAGCACAUUCGCAAGACCCCGGAGAAGUCAACGCAAGCGACGAUGGUGAGGGAUGAAUAUCUCAGGGGGGGUGUUGAAAGACACACGCUCGAAGUAACAGCGCUGAGACAGUCGAGGGCACGUGAAUUGAAUGGACGACGAGAAGCCGAGCAGGAAUUAGAGAGGGUGAAAAAAUCAUUGGCACGAUUGGAGAUGGAGAAGGAAUGAGGGUCUGGCACCAAUCUGAAGGAGAAGAUGGAUGCCGUUGUGAUUACCUCAG